AAUUUAGGAGGGAGGGAGGGAGGGAGGAAGAGGAUGAAUCACGAGGCGGAGGCGCACCGGACGGACCUGAUGACGCUAACGCGGCACGUGCUGAACGAGCAGACGAAGCACGCGGAGUCGCGCGGCGACUUCAGCAUCCUCCUCAGCCACAUCGUCCUCGGCUGCAAGUUCGUCUGCUCCUCCGUCAACAAGGCCGGCCUCGCCCAUCUCAUCGGCCUCGCCGGCGACACCAACGUUCAGGGCGAAGAGCAGAAGAAGCUGGACGUGCUCUCCAACGAAGUCUUCAUCAAGGCUCUGGUCAGCAGCGGUCGCACCUGCAUUCUUGUAUCGGAGGAGGACGAGGAGGCGACGUUUGUCGAUCCCUCUCUGCGCGGAAAAUACUGUGUUGUCUUUGAUCCACUUGAUGGUUCUUCCAACAUCGAUUGUGGCGUUUCGAUCGGAACGAUUUUUGGAAUUUAUGUGGUUAAAGAUAAGGAUAACAUAAGUCUUGAAGAUGUGCUGCAACCUGGGAAGGACAUGCUGGCUGCUGGCUACUGCAUGUAUGGAAGUUCUUGCAAUCUUGUACUCAGCACCGGGAGUGGUGUAAAUGGCUUCACUCUCGAUCCGUCUCUUGGCGAGUUUAUCCUGACUCAUCCAGAUAUAAAGAUACCAAAGAGAGGAAAAGUAUACUCAGUGAACGAAGGAAAUGCCAAAAAUUGGGAUGGACCUACUGCGAAAUUUGUGGAGAAGUGCAAGUACCCUCAGGACGGCUCGCCACCAAAAUCUCUGAGAUAUAUCGGAAGUAUGGUCGCUGACGUCCAUCGUACGUUGCUCUACGGAGGCAUCUUUAUGUAUCCUGCAGAUAAGAAGAGUCCAAACGGAAAACUACGCGUUCUGUACGAAGUUUUUCCGAUGUCGUUCUUGAUUGAACAAGCAGGAGGUCAGGCUUUUACGGGGAAACAACGGGCCCUUGACUUGGUUCCUACCAAGAUUCACCAGAGGUCUCCCAUAUUUCUCGGAAGCUACGACGAUGUCGAGGAGAUCAAAGCGUUUUACGCUGCCGAAGACGGCCAGGCUUGAUCUGUAGGAUGUUCUUGCUUAACAAUUGAUAAAUGACUGCUAUUCUUAUAGUGGUCCUAUUUGUAACCAAUCUCUCUCUCUCUCUCUCUCUCUCUCUCUCUCUCUCUCUAAAUGAAUCAAUCUUUCGAUUUUCGUGAUCACUUAUUUUUAGAGAUGCAUUAAGUUUCAUAUAUGGGUCCGAAUAUUUUAUGUUCAUAUCCGAUUCAGAUCUGACUUGGAUCCGAUCAUUUGAUGGGUAGGGUGUAUAAUCAUUUUCAUAUCCAAACCCGGACAAGAACUCGGACUCAAUCAUUUGUAAUAGUUGUAUUGUGUUUUGUGCAAUUAUAUUAUGUGUUUGAACUUAUUAA